AUGGGUAUCAAGCACUUGUACCAGCUCAUUCAAGAGCACUCGCCAGAUGCAAUCAAGACGGGUGAGAUCAAGAACCAGUUUGGUCGCAAGGUCGCAAUUCUCAUGUCCGAGACUGGCGAAACCACGUCACAUCUCAUGGGUCUCUUCUACCGAACACUGCGUAUGGUCGACAACGGUAUCAAGCCCCUCUACGUCUUCGACGGCGCGCCUCCGAAGCUCAAGUCCGGCGAACUUGCAAAGCGAUUCCAGCGCAAGUCAGAAGCCCACGCUGCGGCAGAAGAAGCGAAAGAGACAGGCACAGCAGAAGACGUGGAGAAGUUCUCGAGGCGGACAGUCCGGGUCACGAGGGAGCACAAUGAGGAGUGUCGGAGGCUGCUGAAGCUGAUGGGCAUCCCGUUCAUCAUUGCACCAACUGAGGCAGAGGCACAGUGCGCUACUCUUGCGAGGGGCGGAAAGGUGUAUGCUGCUGCGAGUGAGGACAUGGACACGCUUACGUUCAACACACCCAUCCUGCUGAGGCAUCUCACCUUCAGUGAGCAGCGCAAAGAGCCUAUUCUAGAGAUCCAUCUAGACAAGGUACUCGAAGGUUUGGAGAUGGAGCGCGAGCAGCCUCAGUUCAUCGACCUCUGCAUCCUCCUCGGCUGCGACUACCUCGACCCCAUCAAGGGCAUCGGCCCCUCCACCGCCCUCAAACUCAUUCGCGACCACAAAACCCUCGAAGGCGUCGUCGCACACAUCCAAUCCGAUCAGAAGAAACUCACCCUCCCCGAAGACUGGCCCUUCGCCGACGCCCGCCAACUCUUCCUCGAGCCCGACGUCUGCCCCGCAGACGCCCCCGAGUGCGACUUCAAGUGGGAAGCGCCCGACAUCGAGGGCCUGGUCAAGUUCCUGGUCGAGGAGAAGCACUUCAAUGAGGACAGGGUCCGCAAUGGUGCGGCCAAGUUGCAGAAGAAUAUGAAGAGCGCACAGCAGAGUCGGCUGGAGGGCUUCUUUAAGCCGGUGGAGAGGACGCCUGAGGAGAAGGCGAGUUUGAAGCGCAAGGCGGAUGAGAAGUUGAGCGAGAAGAAGAAGAAACAGAAGGAGGAGGCGAAGGCGAAGAAGCAGGCCAAGUCAAAGCCGAGGACUGCUGGUUGA